AAAAAAAAAAAAAAAUCUUUUUUUUAAAAAAAAAAAGAGUGUGACCUUGUAUCAUAAAUAAGGUAGACGCUUUUUUUUUUAUCUUUUCCUUCUUCUUUUCCUUCUUAAAGCGAGUCCGAAAGAAAAACAUAGUUGCAUGUCAAAGGAGUCUUUAUAAAUAAUUAAUAAAGUGGCAUAUAUACGUCUUAUAGAAUGCAACAACAACAAGCACAAUUGCUAUUUCGUCAACGCCAAUUACAACAACAACAACGUCCAUUACCACCUACACCGACUUUAUCAAGUCAAGGCUCGCCUAAUAAUGCAGCACUGGCAGCAGCAACUCAAAUAGGAUUACCUUUACCUUCAAAAUCCAUGUUUACACCCACAACAGCUGUACCAGCAACAGCAGCAGCUACACCACAACAACAUCAUCAUCACAGACCACCAUCAAUGGGACAAGCGGUACUUCGUCUCUUGCAAUUCCGUGAUCAACUUAGUCCAGGUGACCAGGCAAAAGAGAUGUCAUUUUGGAGAGGAUUUGUUGAUGAUUUCUUCACCAGCAAUGCCAUAAUGAAAUUAGCUUUAGUAGAUCAACAGACGCAACAAAGAAACGAAUUCGAAAUCACACAAAGCUUAAUUGCAAGAUUCUUUUACACUCAUUAUCAGUGUGAUCUUGAAUCCAUUCAACUUACGACGGAUCAAACAAUGGAAUACUUCUUACCUACAGGUAUGAUGCUUGAAUGUCCCCGAUCUAGUCUUAUCCAUCGCUACACCAACGGAACCCUCGUCAUUCUGUCCGGUGAAUUGUCAGUGCUAUUUAAUUCGGAUCCAAAUGAUGGUCUCUUGAAAAUACAUCAAUGGAAAUUCACUUGCCAUGGCCAUGACGAAUACAUUGCACGUUCCCAACUAUCUAUGGUAGAUGUCAACGCCGCUUCAAUCACCAAGAAAAAGUUGAAAUCCAACAAUCAUAAUAAAACUCCUACUGUCCUCACCCCUCAAUCUCUCGUCAAUCAAUGGGGUCUUCCCGAAAGGGUAUACCAGUUAUUACGGAUCAUUGAUACGUCCGCUCGGUUAGGUGAAGUAGCCUUCUUUUCGCUUGUAACUGGUCUAAACCCUAAAGAUGCUUUAACCGCCAUGUCAUUUUCAAUCCAUCAAAAAAUGACCGGUUCAUACCCACCACAACCACAAGUCAUGGAAGAGGAUUUACUGACAACUGAUAUCCUGUCUUUAUUGCCCACAAAAGAUAGUCCAUUUAUAUCCACAUUAACCACUACAAACACACCCACACCAACCAUGGCCCCUCCUCCUUUACCACCACCGUCUUCUAACACAUCACCCAUGAUGAACCCACACAUGAUGCACCCACCCACCACACCCAACCCCCUGAUGUCAACACCCACAAUGGCCACUCCCAAUAUGUCUACACCUACCAUGCCCACACCUACUAUGUCCAGUAUGCCAACACCCGUCAUGACAACACCUAUCAUGACAACACCCAUCAUGACAACACCCAUCAUGACAACACCCAUCAUGGCAACGCCUACCAUGACAACACCUACCAUGCCACCACCACCACAACCACCAGUACAACAUGCACAACAAGUGAUAAGUAAUAUGAAUGCUCCCGCGGCCCAUUUAAACCCUCAAAGUACCCAAUUUAUGCAACAAGCAGCUUUACAACGUUAUUAUCAUCAACAAAGUAUUCGUAUGCAACAUCAACAACAAGCGUUACAAAUGCAACAACGUCAAGCUUUACAGCGCCUACAACAACCCUUUAUCAAGGAUUUACCUCAAACCCCUCCACCCGUAGAUGAAAAACAACGGAAAAGAAAAGCCAGUGUUUCAAAAGACGGAAAAAACAAAUCCAAUAAUAGUAUCAAAAAAACCAAGAAAUAA